AUGGCACACUCAACGGAGACAAACGAAUUUAUCACGAACCUAACUAACGUGUUUGAUACUCAAAGAGGAAGUCCAUAUGAAACAGUCGAAUUGAUUAUCGUUGUGGUUAUGACUGGAUCCAUAAAUUUGAUGACGAUCAUUGGAAACAUCUUUGUUAUUAUCUCGAUCAAAACAAACAGACAUUUACAAACUAUUAACAACUACUUCAUUUUCAGCUUAGCCUGUGCUGAUUUGAUUCUUGGUGUGUUCACCAUGAAUGCAUUCACCAUUUACACUGCAUUUGGAUACUGGCCUAUGGGACCAGUUUUCUGUGAUUUGUGGCUUGUUGUAGAUUAUGUUGUAAAUACUGCAUCUGGCAUUAAUCUUCUCCUCAUUAGUUUUGACCGGUACUUCUGCAUAACAAAGCCCCUCAGCUACCCCAUUAGGAGAACACCUAAGAUUGCAGGGAUAAUGAUAGCAACUGCUUGGGUGGUGUCAUUUAUCUUAUGGGCACCUGCCAUUGUUUUCUGGCAGUUCAUCGUCGGGGAGCGAACCAUUCCUGAAGGGGAGUGUUAUCCACAGCUCUUCUCAAAUCCCGCCAUCACGUUAGUCAUUAUUAUAGCUGUCUUCUAUCUCCCUGUUACAAUCAUGGUGACUUUGUAUGUGCGCAUAUCUUUUGCGAGCAAGAGUCGAAUGAAAUGGACUAAAAUAGAAUCUAAAGCAAGGAAAGGCUUCGGAUCUCCCAGUCUAUGUGAAAACAAUGUGAUAAAACCGAGUACAAACAAUGCAUCAAGUGUUCCUAUUGAUUUGUUCCAUGCCCAAUCGCAAAAUGUCAAAUUAACUGUUGGAAUGGAAAUCGAAAAAUGUGAGCAAGGACAAAUGAAGGAUGUCUUCACUGAGACAAACUCCCUCGAUUUUGCCCGCCCAAAUCCGAAGGAAGUUGUAAUCCAAGCCAAUGCACCGUUCUCCAGUACACAAAACCAGAUCUUGCUGGACCCCAUAGAACUCGCUUCCAUGAAGAUACCCAACCGUUCUCAACUUAAAGGCUGCAUUGGCACCACAGUUGGAGUAACAAUUAAUCAUCGCAACAUUGUAAUGGAUAGUCAAAAGUUUAGACCAGAUGAUAAGAUUGGCAAAGUGACCAAGAUACGUACAAAUAAGAAGGAGGUAGUAAAUCGAGAAAAAACCGUAACUAGAACCAUUUUGGCGAUUAUUCUGGCAUUUAUCAUCACCUGGACUCCAUAUUUUGUUAUGGUGAUCAUAACUACCUUCUGCCCAACUUGCAUCACCCAUACAAUUUGGAAUAUUGGAAACUGGAUCAUUUACAUCAAUAGUACCAUCAAUCCAGCUUGCUACGCACUCUGCAAUGCCACAUUCAAAAGAACAUUCAAGCACCUUCUCUUCUGUCAGUACAAAAGCAUUGGCACAAUAAGAUAA